GCGCGAUGGACGUGGUCGAGCACAACCUGGCGCUGCGCGAGCUCUGGAAGCGCAAGGGCGAGUAUGGGCUGCCAUUUGUCCUCGACGAAAUACUCACCCUGCGGCAACUCGGGCUCGUUUCGGAGGACGAAUAUAUGCGUCUCACGCGCCAGGCGCCCGCGAGUACGCCGGCCAAAUCGCUGCCCGAUGAGCUGCAAGCCGCGCUCGAAGCCCGCAUCUCGGCCCUCUUGGACGCGCAAACGUACUUUCCUCUCGAUCAGAUCCAGGCGGCGCUGGAGAGCGAGUUCCAGACAUCACUCGCGAGCCACAAGGAGUGGCUCCAGCACACGAUCUUUCGCCAGAGCAAGGUCAAGCUCCAGAAAAUCAACCACGCAGCGACCCUCGCCCGUGCCUCCGCCAGCGCGUCCGUGCUCCAAGCUGCGUAUCGGCGCCACCGCGUGUCGUUUCUAAACAGCGCGCGCGCCCGUCGGAAGGCAGCGCUCGAGGCCGCAAAUGCCGUCGCGCGCCGUGCCAUCGACAACUACGCGCUCGACGUCAUCGGCCGGUUUCUGCUGCGGCGCGUGCAGCGCCAGCGCUUUCGAAUGGCGCUGCGCAGGUGGCGUGACGACGCGAGCUGGGCCGCGACGGCAGAAACGCUGCGGCGCACAAGGGCCGCGCGCAUCCUUGCGCGGCAGCUGCCGACGAUGGUGCACGAGUACAGGAAACGCCAAGCGCUCCAUUCUCACCGACAGGAGCAGCAACGGGCGGCAGCAUCGAGGAUCCAAGCACGCGUGCGGUGGCGCCUCCAACAAGCACGACGCACCCGCGCACAGCAGCAAAUUGCGCGCCUCUGUCUGCGCUUUUGGCAGCAGCGUCAGCUGUCUCGCGCCAAGUCGGUCAUGGGCACGUGGCUACUGUCCUGCAUCCUACGCCGUCGAUACCGCUGCCGGUUGCGACGACGGGCUGCGAGUGCACGUCUGCUGCAGCGCUGGCUCCAUCGCAAGCUUCUCCAACGACGCAGCGUGCGAACAAUCGAUUGUCUCUGCAAUUGGCUGCGCACUUUGCAGCAAACUCGGAGGUUGUGUGGCUACGCGCGCGUGCGUCGGCGAUUCGCGUUGGAAGUGCGCAGUGCCCGCGUCUUGCAGGCCACGUACCGAUCGCACGUCCAGCGUCGCCAGCGGCGCAGCGCAGCCGCGGCCGUGCUUCAGUGCCUCGUCCGGCGCUGGCAGCAGCGCCGCGCCGCGCGCCUUGCUUGUCUUUUGCUGCAGAUCACGCGCCGAGUGAAGCUGCGCCGGGCGCAGGUGGCAGCGCGACGAGAACGGGCGGCCAAAACCCUGCAGUGCGGCGUGCGGCAUCUGCUCCACCGGCGCCAGCUGCAACGCGAGCGAGCGCUCCAGGUCGUGCGGCGAUUUUGCCGCCGCGUGCUGGCGCUCCGGCGGGCCGAGGCCGCGCGAAGAAAACUCUCAUCGGGUCUCGUGCCCAUGCGGCCGCGCACCAAGAAGCCGCACACGCUGCCUGCCGUGACCCGCAACGCAGUGGCCGCGCCCGCGCUUCCGCCCGUGAAGCUCAUCAAGCGCUACGACCGGAUCUGCUCGACGUGCGCAAGCCCGCACCACACACAGUGCCGGCGGCCGUCGCUCUCGUCGCCGAUGAAGUCGUGGAUUGCCGUGCCGACGCUGUACCCGACCAAGCCACCUCGGCCCAGCAGGCCAAGCAACCAAGAGCCGAGCACCGAGCGCAUCCAGCCGUCCAAGCCGUCGACCGUGCAUUUGCCAGCGCUCCGAAGGGGCGUCCCCAUGAUGAAGCGCGCCGUGUCGCAGCUGUAG